GCCGAUUUUUCAGGCAGGGGUCGACUGGAGAGACAGACAGGACUGGGAACAAAAGUGGAAUUCAGGCCGACUGUUUUUGCGUCUCGGCGGCGAUUCGGCACGGGAUUCGGCGACGAUGGUGUGCAGCGGGCCGAGUUCGUGACGUCCCACGCAGCCUUCAGCGCCGAACUCGUCGGCCCGAUGCUCUAGGGCGGCCCAAAAGCACGGCUCUUUUCGACGACAUUGAUGGAUCUCGUCUGAUCUCAUUAUGGUGCAGCUCGGCGACUCUUGGGGCACAUAGGCUCAGAUGCCAGGCUCAAUUAGUACAUUUGGCGUAAUUAGUAGCAGCAUCGCACCCCUCAAAUGGGAAACUGUUUCUCAUGCUUCAAAGUGCCAGCAGCUCCGCCUCCGUCUGCAGAACCUUCAGCCGAUCCUGCCUCUUGCAAACCACUGCAGGAAGCCAGCGAUCAGGAAGAUGCUGAUAUGGACGGAGGCAUGACUGAGGUGCUGCAUCGGCAGCUGUCGGAGAAGCGGGCGAAUGAAUUGGCGCAGAGCAACGGCAACAGCAAGUUGCUGCUGGACGGGUCAGUGCGGAUGUCCAGCGGUUCACGGACGUUCUGCCGCAUCCCCCUGGGCGGCCGGACGGGCAGCGACAAACAGCGCAACGGCAACAACAACUCACUGGUGCGCUCAGUGUCCGACAGCAAAGUGGUCGCCCUGUUCGAGCAGUACAAAGAUGGCGCCGAGGAUGCCAUCCUGGCUGACGGCAUCGAAAGGCUCUGCCUUGACCUCGCCGUCCGGCCCGACGAGUUCUGCGUCCUGGUGCUGGCGUGGCGCUUUGAGGCUGAGCAAAUGUGCUGCUUCACAAGGCAGGAGUUUGUGACGGGGUGCAGGACGAUCAAGGUGGAGUCAAUCCGAGGGAUGCAGGCGCGGCUGCCCGAGCUGUGUCGGGAGGUGCAGCAGGACCCGGAGCUGUUCAAGAAGCUGUACCGCUUCACCUUCAAGUUCGGUCUGGACCCCGAGCAGCGCAUCCUGCCGGCCGACAUGGCCAUCUGCCUGUGGCGCCUCGUCUUCUCGCAGGACGAGCCGCUCAUGCUGGACCGGUGGCUCAAGUUCCUCGAGAAGCACCCUCACGUGCGCGGCAUUCCGCGCGACACGUGGAACAUGUUUUUGAACUUUGUGGAGACGGUCGGCGAAGACCUCAGUUCGUACGACGAUGCCGAGGCCUGGCCCAGUUUGUUCGAUGACUUUGUCGAGUUUGAGAACGACCAGGUCAACCAGAACGUCACCAAGGCCAUCAGUUGCGAUUGAACGCUCGCCAAAAAAAUACAACUCGACUGACACGCGCGCGCAUUCUCUCACAAACACACACGCAUUGUACUGAAGUGCAUUCUCAUCAAAAUUUCCGCGCCAGGUGUCCCGUUCCGCCACCAGAAAGUGCCCAAAUAGUCCGGUUAUUCAAACUAAAUAACUUUUAUCUUUUAUGAAAGUGGAUAUAAAUUAAAAUCUCGAAAUGGAAAAGAAUCAUUAACAACUGAUUUUGAUAAGCACAAGCUGUAGAAAAACUGGAAAAAAACUUUACUUAAUCAAAAAAAUGAGGAUUAAAUUUUACAGCAAAUCUUUCAUUUCUUUUCAAAAUGAAAAUGUUUCAGGAUUUGAAAA